GUCACGAAGGCCACUGCAGCACCCGCCCUCUCGGCCAGCCCCCGGGUCGGCUCUCAAUCUCCCGCUUUGCGUUUCUCUCCCGGCUGCAUCCCGACGAAGAUGGCAACCGAUGGGCUGCACGAGAACGAGACGCUGGCGUCGCUGAAGAGCGAGGCCGAGAGCCUCAAGGGCAAACUGGAGGAGGAGCGGGCAAAGCUGCAUGACGUGGAGCUGCACCAGGUGGCUGAGCGGGUGGAAGCCCUGGGCCAGUUCGUCAUGAAGACCAGAAGGACCCUCAAAGGCCACGGAAACAAAGUCCUGUGCAUGGAUUGGUGCAAAGACAAGCGGAGGAUCGUGAGCUCCUCACAGGAUGGGAAGGUGAUUGUGUGGGAUUCCUUCACGACUAACAAGGAGCACGCUGUCACCAUGCCCUGCACAUGGGUGAUGGCUUGCGCUUACGCUCCGUCGGGAUGUGCCAUCGCUUGUGGGGGUCUGGAUAAUAAGUGUUCCGUGUAUCCACUGACAUUUGACAAAAAUGAGAACAUGGCUGCUAAGAAGAAGUCUGUCGCUAUGCACACAAACUACCUGUCUGCCUGCAGCUUCACAAACUCGGACAUGCAGAUCCUGACAGCCAGUGGUGAUGGGACAUGCGCCCUGUGGGAUGUAGAGAGCGGACAGCUGCUGCAGAGCUUCCAUGGGCAUGGGGCUGAUGUCCUCUGCUUGGACCUGGCCCCCUCAGAAACUGGAAACACCUUCGUGUCUGGGGGUUGUGACAAGAAGGCCAUGGUGUGGGACAUGCGCUCUGGACAGUGUGUGCAAGCCUUUGAAACUCAUGAAUCUGACGUCAACAGUGUCCGAUACUACCCCAGUGGAGAUGCCUUUGCUUCUGGGUCAGAUGAUGCAACGUGUCGCCUCUACGACCUGCGAGCAGAUAGAGAGGUUGCCAUCUAUUCCAAGGAGAGUAUCAUAUUUGGAGCGUCGAGCGUGGACUUCUCCCUCAGUGGUCGCCUGCUCUUUGCUGGGUACAAUGACUACACCAUCAAUGUCUGGGAUGUUCUCAAGGGCUCCAGGGUCUCCAUCCUGUUUGGACAUGAAAACCGCGUCAGCACUCUUCGGGUUUCUCCUGACGGGACAGCAUUCUGCUCAGGGUCAUGGGAUCACACCCUAAGAGUUUGGGCAUAAUCCUCUCACGGCGUGCACGAAGAACAUAUGUCCUCCCGUGUAGCUAUGACGUCUAGAGGAGCCCAGGACUUCCCACGGGCUAGCUUAUGGAGCAGCUUCACAGCUCAGCCCUCACUCAGCCCUCCAGUGUCACCACGAAAACCAUCCCCUUCCUGGAAAUGCACCCCUGUAGGUCUCGGCACUUCGACUGUACCUUCGAGUCCUUGCUUCAUCUCCAACACUCUGUAAAGUUUCUCUGUUUUUUAAGUUAUUUCAUCCAAUAGAGUUCCACAUUUAUCAGCAUUUAAACUGUCCCCCAUUGCUUCCUCGAAUCCAGUCUGUCUUCAGAGCACUUUAAACUACCUAUUCUUGGCGUGGACUGUGGCUUCUAGAACCUUCCUCUGGACAUGCCAGCUCUCCGG